AUGGAGUUGAUUCCGUACACGGCUCGAGACGGUCGUGAAAUCGUGUUACGACAUCGCAAUGCUAUCGUUGUCCGUGAUCCCUCGUCGCAACGCCUCGAAAUUCGAGGUAACACCUUAACAGAAUGUCCAACUUGCCACCAAUCUCUUCGUCCACCCUCACCCGACCGACAUUUCGAACCUCCGACUCAAGCACCUGACUCUUAUGUUAACCCGAACUAUUUUCGUAUGCUCCAAGUAGGGCAUGACGAAGAUGCGCAACAUACUCAACGACAGCCUCCACCGAGUCCCAUACGUCGACUAACACAACCCACAUUGCCAAGCGGUGGACCGAGACCCCAUGAAGUCGAAGAUGCCGAGUUCAUAUCCAGCUCGCCCGCCCCCCAAGAGGGAGCACGUAUAAGAAGGGAUGCAUUUAGUCCUAAUUACUUUAAGAGGUUCUUUGUCGAGGAAAGGGAACUCGGUCGGGGCGGCAAGGGUGUCGUAUUACUGGUUCGCCACGAGAUUGAUGGGUGUGCUCUUGGCCACUUCGCGUGUAAGCGGGUUCCCGUGGGAGACGAUCAUGCAUGGUUAGAGAAAGUCUUGAUAGAAGUAGAGCUACUCGCCAAGCUCUCGCACCCUAAUCUAGUGUCUUAUCGACACGUCUGGCUGGAGGACGUGAAGACGAACCGUUUCGGACCAAGCGUCGCUUGCGCCUUCAUCCUCCAACAGUACUGCAAUGGCGGCGACCUAUUACGUUAUGUCGUCGGAGAUGGGCCCAAGCAAACUACAAAAGAGGAACUUAUAGCUCGGAUGCGCCGAAAGUCAAGGGGCGCUACGGAUCAACCCCAUAGCGUUCUCCCUUCUCUACGCCGUCUAUCGUUCGAGGAGAUAUAUUCCCUCUUCAAAGACAUCACAUGUGGCCUCGCUUAUCUUCACGGUGCCAACUACAUUCACCGUGAUUUAAAGCCUAGCAACUGCCUCCUACAUCAUGAAAAUGGAAAGGUUACCUGCUUAAUUAGCGACUUCGGCGAAGUACAGCCCGAAAAUGCUAUCCGAAACUCAACGGGAACAACCGGUACGAUCUCCUACUGUGCCCCGGAGGUCCUAAAGAGGGACGCCAACGGUCGUCUUGGUAAUUUUACAACCAAGUCUGACGUGUUCUCGCUCGGCAUGGUUCUAUAUUUUCUAUGCUUCGGUCGACUUCCCUAUGUGAAUGCCAACGCUGUUCAGGAAGAACUCGAAGACAUUGACCUGCUCCGAGCAGAAAUAGCCAGUUGGAAGGGCUUCCGGGACGAGAAGCGGGAGCGGCCUGACCUUCCUUUAAAGCUCUACCAAUUGCUCAAGAAGAUGCUAGCUCUCAAUCCCGCUGAGCGACCUAGCGCUACGGAAGUAUUGAGCGUGAUGAAUCACGAAUCAUAUCAUGGCGGUCUACGAGGGCGAAGUACAAGCCCUUCUAUGGGUCUCCCGGGACGACGAAUUCAAAACCUUGACUCACCUAUGCCUCCCAGUACCCCCGUUCCUGACCCUCAGAAGCAAAAUCGUAAUAUUUUGGUUCCCGAGGAAAUUGUGACAUCUCCUAGCGAGGGAAACUCACCAGCGACAAGUCAUUCGCCGGAAAUAGACUACCGUAGCAGCCUUCAGAAGUAUGGCACGCCUAGCACGCCUCGGCACCGUCCGCAGGCCAUGACCCUAUCACGAAGUCAUGAAAAUCUUAUACGUUUAUCCCCGGAGCGUGGCCGUGCUUCUGGGGUUGUCCAUUCGCAGCCAUCUCCUACUCUGCAUACGCCACUAUUACUAGCACCCCCAGCCAGUGCAUUAGGAACAUUAGGGCAGCAGACCCGAGGUAACUUAGUUUAUCUCAUUCGUCGCCACAGUGAUUCGAUAACAUUUACCAUUCGACUAGUUAUAUUUCUAGUCAAAGUCGUAUCAAUCGCCAGGACAUGUUGGCCCUUUACCAUGAGUCUCGGGAUCGGGGUACCCCUUCUCGGCCUAGCUGGAAUUGACCUUGGUAUACCGUUGCGGAGUGAUACAGCCUUGUCUAUCCACGAAAGGGGUCAGCACAGACGCGUUGAAUCUGGGUUGUCACAUUGGAGCUGGGGAUUAAGAGGGAGUUUUGUUCUACUUACGCUCCAUUUCGUUGCGUUAUGGGCCCUCUCCGGACUGGAUGUUUUAUGUGUUUCUUUCGGGGAUACCUGGACGGACUGGUAA